AUGACUUCCUAUCUGCUACAGUUACCACGCGAACUUCAAGAUGCCAUCUUCACUAUUCUAAAGCCUGAUGAUAUCAAGAAUCUUCGUGUCACAUGCAUCACAUUGGCCAAGGCCCUUCCCUUACAUUUCAACCGCGUCUUCAUCUCGGCUAAUUCUCUUAACAUUCAAGUUUUCAACGCAAUCGCAAACCACGAGGUUUUUCGCCAUCAAGUGUCUGAAAUCAUUUGGGAUGAUGCGCGCUUGCUCGCUGGCUUCGAGCUAGCAUGGGGAGACAAUAGUGAUACACAGGAUGGAGUUCCGCUAUGGUUCAUAGAGGGCCGUUCGGAUUAUGGCGACCGUGGCCACUAUGUCUAUCCCAAAAACCACCUUGGUAUCAAGGAGUCAUGGGCAUAUUAUAAGCCACUACUGGACGACCAACAACAGGUUCUCGCUUCGAACCUUGAUCUUGAAGCCUUCAAAUUUGGGCUGAGGCAGUUUACCUCUUUGAAACGAGUGACUAUCACACCUGCAACUCAUGGCACGCAUUGGAGGACGCUAUACAGAACACCUAUGAUUCGUGCAUUUCCACCUGGACUCGACUACCCGUUGCCCAAAGCAUGGCCCUACUUCGAUGAUGACCUGAAGAUCGACGUGCUGCCAUGGGUCUCUGAUGGUGAUGAUAGGCUCCAUCAGGAGAUCUACGAUAACGUAUGCACGACUGAGGAAUAUCGAGCCAAAUGGCGGGGCUUUCAGCUGGUUAUCCGAGCCCUAGCCGAGUUUGAGGACCAUGGCAUCACAGAGCUUGUUAUCGGGGGACACGAGAUCCAGUCUGGACUGAAUGCUCGACUCUUCGAUGAGUGGUCCCCCGAGUAUGGCGAUCUCGUCACAUUGUUGAAACGCCCUGGUUUUCGACACCUUGAACUUCACUUGUUUACAGGCUUUGUCCUUGAAGACCACAAAUGCUUUUCUUACCGGUCGGGACUUUUGCGUGAUGCUCUGGCGCAUGCAGAAGAUCUCGAGUACUUGAGCUUGCGCGCGAGUACAUACAUCGAGAAUGGUGUUCCGGAGUUGCUUACUUUUGAAGACGAAGAAGAUUGGUGUAUGUGUCCGUUGCAAGACAUCUUUCCUGUAGACCAAUGGCCACGACUUCAACACUUUGGGAUUUCCAAUAUGCUUGUUGAUCGAGAGGAUUUGAUCGGCCUUUUGGCUAGUCUGCCACCAUCUUUGAGAUCGGUUGAGCUUAGCCACCUGGGGUUGAAAUCUCCUCAUGAGUACAGCGAUUUAGUCCGAGAUGUGCGUGACGUGCUCGACUGGCAGUCGCGGGCUCCAGGAAAGAGGCCCCAGUCUGGUUCCAUCAAGGUCAAUACUGUUCUCGUUUGUUAUGGCCGAACAACCGCCGUUAACACGAUGCAUCUGUCACUCUUUAUACGCCCGUACAAGAUGCGUGUCACUGCUACCUUCGGAUCGCUAAUCGUGGGCGCGAGCCUCUGUGCCGCUCGCGCUUGCGCCCCUCAUCCUCGGUCGACGACAACGUCGUCGCUUAUCAGCGAAAUUGGCACUACAACGGCUGAAAGCUCCGCCACAACGACUACUUCUCUAAGUGCCACUGAGGCCGAGUCCAGCAUUGAGUCUUCUGUUAUCAUCGAAACUUCUACAGUCGAGUCUGCCACUACAGAGCUGGAUUCGACUACCUCUGACUCAGAAACUUUGACUGUCACAGAGUCGGAGACCAGUGCUGAGUCUUCUGCCACUACUACUGAUGGUAUCAGCUCUUUCACUACCAUCGUCGCGAGUACCACCGCUAUUACAUUCGAAGACACCGAAACCUCUACAAGCGUCGACGAAGCCACAACCACAACAGUCGAAGCUACCACGACUACAGCUGGCCCUCCCGUGAUUACUAACCUCGUCCAGAAUGGCGGUUUCGAGGACGCAACCAUCGAUCCUUGGGUAGUAGAAGGUGCCCCUUCACGAAUCACCAAUGACGCUUUUGCUCCCGAGGGUAGCCAGCUCCUGCGAUUGGAUGGAGACCUCGCCAAUUCCGCCAAGGUCUGCCAGCGAGUUGAAGUCGAGGCUGGCUUCGAGUACACCUUCAAGGCGCAGGUUGCCCAGUAUUGCAUCAAAUCGUUUGGGUCAAACAUAGUUAUGUGCGAUGACGACGUCAAUACCGUUCAAUUAUCCAUCGCUGGUGUAUAUGUUUCCGGUGAUCGAGGCAUCGUCGGGUACAAUAUAUUCAACGAAUAUACCUACACCUUCUCAUAUACCGGCCCAAGCAUUGAUUCUACAGAUCUUUGCAUAACUAUCUCGCAGAACCAAGGCAUCGGACCCGUGUUCUACCUCGAUGGCGUUUCGCUCACGCGUGGGCGAGCUGUGCCUAUUCCUACCCCGACGGAUCCUUAG